AUGACCAAACCACAUACGUCGACAUUCUAGCAAAUGUGAUUUUAGGAUCUACCGGCCACCUCCUGGGAGCCUGGAGGGCGUAGUACGUAACCACCUACUCAGGGAACUGGAGUUACAUCCUGUCUACUACUUCUCAAGAAAUUAAAGUAAAUGCCUAAAGUGAACCCCCCGCCCCUACACGUCAGUUUCCACAGACAACAGACUUCUCGGCAGACAUGGCCUCAGCCAGCAGCCUCCUGUGUGAAGAACAACUCCUGUGUUCAAUCUGUCUGGAUGCAUUUACUGAGCCUGUCUCUACUCCAUGUGGACACAACUACUGCAAGGCUUGUAUCACAGGGUACUGGGCCAGCAGUGGCCAGGUACAGUGUCCCCUCUGUAUGAAGAAGUUCCGCAAAAGACAACAGCUUCAGGUCAACACAGAGUUCAGAGAUAUGGUGGAGCAUUUCAACAACAUGAGGGUGAGGGGGGACAAUGACAUCCUUGCCAAACCAGGGGAGGUGCCCUGUGACAUCUGCCUUGAGCCGAAGCUCAAGGCCCAGAAGACGUGCCUGGUGUGUUUGGCGUCGUACUGCCAGUCUCACCUGGAGCCUCAUCAGAGAGUCAAAAGCCUUAAGAAACACCAGCUGAUCGACCCUGUGUCAAACCUUGAGGACAGGGUGUGUAAGAUGCACGACAAGAUGUUCGAGCUCUUCUGUCGCGAAGACCAGAUGUGUGUUUGUUUCAUGUGCUUAAAAGACAACCAUGCAACACAUGAAGCCAUUCCACUAGAGCGUGCAUUCAAAGAGAGGAAAGUUGAGCUGGGCUAUGUGAUGUCAGAGAUAAAAAUGAUGGAAAACACUAAAUCCAGGCGUAUUAAGGAAAUCAAAUCGUCAGUUGAACAGAGCAAGAAAAAGUUAGACAAAGAGAUAGCAGACAUUGCUGAGGUUUUCACUGCUCUGGUGGUCUCUCUGCAAAGAAGCCAGGCUGAUCUGAUUAAAGUGAUCCAGGAGAAACAGAAAGCAGCCCAGAAGGAGGCUGAAGACUGCAUGACACAGCUGGAGCAAGAAGUCGCUGAGUCGAGGAAGAGAAGAUCUGAAAUGGAGCAACUUUUACAAACAGAGGACCACCUGCACCUCCUGCAGAGCUGUCCAUCUCUCCUCUUCCCUGCACACACUGAGGACCUAUUCAACCCUCUGUCUUACUCCACUUCUCCACUGACAUCAGACCUCUAUGACAUCAGUCGGCAGAGUUAUGUGGGGAUGGUGAAAAAAGCAGCGGCUCAUAUGGAAAAGAAACUCUGUAAUGAGAUGGAGAUGCUUAUUCAUGAGGUCAGGUUAUCUGAUGGUUGUGAGGCUGAUGAACAGCCUGAUGCAGCUGAGAAAGUGAUGACAGAUGAGUUUGUUAAAGAAGUAUGGACUCCGCUGCAGGACAAGCUGAUGAUGAUCCAGCAGUGUAAUGCGGUGGAUGUGACUCUGGACGCCUACACAGCCAAUUCCAAACUUAUGGUGUCUCAAGAUGGGAAACAACUGAGAUUUGCUGUAGGUCUACCGUCCCGUACUGCUUUAUUUGGGAGAAGUUUUGUACGACAACCCUUUGUCCUUGGGAGAGAGGGUUUUUUCUCAGGCAGGUUCUACUAUGAAGUCCGGGUCAGUGCGAGUAAAGGCUGGCUCUUGGGAGUGGUCAAAGAGUCCAUUAACAGGGAGAUAUUAUUCUUUCCCACCCCUGAGGAGGGAGGCUGGACAUUUGUUAAAAUCUACAAUCCAAUAUCCCAAGUCCACGAGGAAUACUUUGCUAAUACUUUUAGCAAUGCUCCCCUGUACCUGAGGCAAAGGUCCCAGACAGUUGGUGUGUUUGUCGAUUACGAGAAGGGAGAGGUCUCCUUCUAUGACGUGGAAGCCAGGACUCUGAUCUACUCCUACACAGGAUGUGCCUUCAUGGAGACCCCACCUGCACAAAAAGAUAUUCUCUAUUCUAUGGCUGCCACAUAUUUAAGUAGCAGACCAAAGGUCUACCCUAUUUUUGGUAUCUUUGAAAAUGAUUAUGACAACAUGCUCGUAAUCACUCCUGUAGCUUGAGCAACUUUAAGUCUCACAUACAGCAGUUGAAAUGGAUGUGUAAGUUGUACCGAAAGGUUUUCUCAUUUCAGAUAUCUCGUUUCAUCUAUCAGGUUUUUUUGUAUUAAGUAAUGGGGCACACACAUUAUUAGAAUAUACGUUAUAUUUCUUAUUUCUUAUUAGCGGAAGUAGUUAUAGGAGUUGUAUCACACAUUACAAAAAGACAAUAACACUCUGUAAUAUAUCUUUUUUUAUUUAAUUUUAUUUAAUUGUAUUAUUUUAUUUUAUUUAAUAGCUUUUUGUUUUUCUAGCCAUAUUACGAAAACAGUCAGAGAUUUGACAGGUCAUGUCAAUUUUAUUAAUAUAGCACAAUAUCACAAGAAGAAUCCCCCCAAAGUACCUUCAACAGGGAAAAAAUGAAAGAAACCUUAGGAGGAGCAGACGGACAGAAAUGCAAUUGAUGUUGUGUGUACAGAAUAACCAAAAUUACAGUAUAGACAAUCAAAAACAAUCCGAAUGUAAACCUAUAUGACACCACAAUUGGUGAUUAGGUUAAUUUCAAAUCAUGGAGAAAGGUAGAAAGUAGAUCAGUUGUAUACUAUGUUUACAUACAUGUUGCAGUACCUGUAUCUGUCCAGGAGGUGGCACCAUUGUCCAGUGUCCUGGUCUGUUUCUCAAAGAUGCUACCAUAGAAAUGAAAACCAGGCGUGGACAAUGGCAUCAGAGGAACCCAAUUUCAUCUGUGGCACUUUCAAAACAGUUUUUGAUUUGUAGGUUUAAGACUUAUCCAUCUACAGAAAAUGAAUCUUUAUAAUCAUUUUUGAUAAUAGCUUAAUUGUUUGUCACUUUUUUUAUGAAAAAAAUAUGUACUGCUUCUCAAAUGUGAAUAUCUGCUUGUUUUCUCAGGCAUAUACAAUAAUAAACUCAAUAUCUUUUGGUUUUGAACUGAUGGUUGAACAAAACCAGCUUCUUAAAUAUGUUAAUUUGGGCUUCAUGAAAUUGUGAUGGACAUUUUUCAGUUAAUUGACUGGGUUUACAUUUCACAUUACUGAACACCUGCUUUAUGCUAAGUAUCAAUAAUGUUGUUCUGUGAAACCCAUUGACUUCAGGGUCCACAUUCCACUCAUUGCACUUUUGAAUAGAAGCUUUUAUUGACAGCCAAGACAUCUGGCAUGCUUGACCAGAACAUAUCUGAUAAAAAAGCUUUAAAACCAGGUGUUUGAUAUGUGUGUACUAUGCAUCUGAUAUGUAUUAUACUGCUUAAUAAAAGUGAUCUUUGUUUUUU